AUGGAGAGUAACGUAUUCGUUGGUGUUAAAUUUGGGUCUGCGGCAAACGCCGCGUCAAGCGAAUUGACUGGACACAUGAAGGGCUCUACAAAACUGCCAAAUAACUAUGAUUAUAUCUUGAUGCCCGUCACUAACGGCAGAUACAAGGAUACGGUGAGAGCAAGUUUUCAGAAAUUCAAAUAUCGGCAGGGCAAUGGGGCCAUUCUCAUGGAUGAAACGAUUUUGAAAAUUCCAGAGCCUGAAUUACAGGAUCUAUGUAUACCACCAUUUACUGUACCAGAGAACGAGCCACCUUCAUAUAUUGGACUUUUAUCGUCAUGGCUGGAGUUGGAGAGUCACGAUAAUUUGGUGAGGGAAAUGUGCUAUCAAGUGCUUCUUAAUGAAUGCAAGUAUGCGCGUUUUGUGGGGAUCAAUAAAUUGAUUCUUGCACCACCCAGAGAACUAUCAGAACUGCAAAUGUAUUCACAAGUGAUAGCGCGCUUGCUGAACCACGAACUAAUAUAUUCAACACCUCCUUUGUUGCUAUCGAUAUCAUUACCAUUGUAUGAAGAUAGUGACUCUCUAGCAACUUGGGAUCUUUGGCAUACGAUUAGAAAAUUAUGUGGCUAUCAUCCCUCGUUGAGUAUAUCAUUGGCAGUGCCCCGUACUAAGACCCCGUCUCAUGUCUUAAAUAGGUGGUUAUGUGAACCAGUUUCGUGUCUUCUAAUAUCGUCAUCCAUAUUUGCGACAAACCAAUAUGCUUAUCCUGUUUUACACAAGUUUAAUCAGAACUUGAUAAUGAAAUUUCAAAAAAUUAAUGGUAAUUCACUACCUAGUAAUAAUAGCGAGCUCUGUAUUAUUUUGCAUGGAAUGGAAAAAUAUUCAAAUCGAAUAAAAGGUGGAGAAAGUGCUUACUUAGAAUACAUCAACUACCUCUUGAAAAAGGGAGAUAAUUUAUCUGUACCAGGCGAUAAAAAUAGCCGUUCUUCACAACAUGACAAUACUUUAUUUCAACAGCAACAGCAAAGGCAACAUUACUUUGAUCUUCACUCACCUAGGUUGAUGCCUCCUUUGAAACCACAUUCAGAAUCCUUAACAAACUAUGUUUACUCCGUUUUUGAACAAGAUUCAAUAAAAUACGAUAUGUAUCAAGAUGCAAUCCAAAAGGCAUUACACGAUUUGAUUGCCUCUUCUAGAUCACAAUCACUAGUGGUUUUGAUAGCUGGAGCUGGUAGAGGUCCAAUGGUCGAGAGAGCGAUAAGAGCUUCAAAGUAUUUGAAAGUCCUGGAUAAAGUUAAAAUUAUUGCCUUGGAAAAAAACAAACAAGCGUGCUUGUAUUUACAAAAGAGAAAUUUUGACUCAUGGAAUAACAAAGUUCAAAUCAUAAAAGAGGAUAUGCGCCUAUGGAAAGAUGAAUCCAUAAAGGUCGACCUCUGUGUAAGUGAACUGCUUGGAUCAUUUGGAUGCAAUGAACUUUCACCAGAAUGUUUAUAUACAGUCGAAAGAUAUCACUCGAAGACCAACACUAUUUUCAUCCCGCAAUCGUACACGUCAUAUAUAGCACCAAUAGCGUCAUAUCUUCUCCAUCAGAAAGUCAAUGAACUUAAUAAAGACAACGAGUCGGUGUGGAUUAUGCACAAUGUUCCCUAUUGCAUCCUUUCCUCCAAAAUUAACGAGCUUUGGACUUUCGAGCACCCUAUUUCAGAGUUCGAGCUAUCGGCUGCUCCCUUCAUAAAGAAUGUUGUGACAGAGUUCAAAGUGAAAUACAGAGGUGAAAUCCAUGGUUUGAUAGGAUUUUUUACAGCGAAGUUGUAUAACGAUAUUCAUAUAUCAACGUUACCAGAUGAGUCGAUUGUAAAACUGCUUCCAGACUCUGAUGUUCAAGGAUUGAAGAAAUUGAAUGUUUCAUCAAGCCCUGAUCCUUUUAUGUAUCCAUCUGAAGCAGGCGUGAAUGUAGUGGGGGGAAAAUACAAAAAGUUUAGCCAUACACCAAAUAUGCAUUCGUGGUCUCCUUUGGUAUUUCCUUUGAAAGAGCCAUUUUCUGUUACUGAUGAUACCGAGCUUUCUGUGUUCAUUUCAAGAAAUUAUUCCGUUCAAAAUCGAUCAGUUUGGUACGAAUGGUCAGUAGAGAGUUUCGUCUACUUACUGCUCUCUGGUGCGUCAACUCGAAGGGCUACCAACCAAAAAGCUGCUUCCCAAACUACGACUUCUUCGCAUAAACCUGGCCUACACCGUUCGGGACAUCAAGCUAACCCCAUAGGAUUGUCAUCGGAAGGAGAUGGUGCUGCUUUCAGUAAUACACUUCCUGAAAAUGCAUUUUUGCCUGUACAUGAAAGUGGAUGGCAAAGUGUCAACGAUAUUCAUGGAUUGAGUAACGGAUUUGAUGGUGAGGAACGGCCGCUAUUUGAUUUGGGAGCAGAUGAUAUAGGGAAAUUGGAUGAAGAAGAGGAAGAUGAGGACGAUGAGGACGAAGAGGACGAAGAGGAUGUUCAUGUGCGUGUAAAAACUGGAGCAUCUGCUUUGCACAACGUCAAUGGCCAGUCAUUUUCUCUUCAGUUAUAA